AUGUACGUGGUUACGGACAAGGGCGGCGCCAUCGCCUUGAUGUUUGCUGCCCUGCUCUUUCUGGGGACAUGGCCUGCUGUUCUCACUCUAUUGGAGCGAAGGGGCCGCCUCCCUCAGCACACGUAUCUCGACUACUCCAUCACGAAUCUCCUGGCUGCUGUUCUGAUUGCUUUGACCUUUGGCCAGAUCGGAGACGACACACCCGACAUGCCGAAUUUUCUGACCCAGCUUACUCAGGUAACCUAUCAGUUUCUUUUUCCGAAUUGAAAAACCGAUACGAAUGUAAGGUCAGAUCGACUGGUUUUUCUUGGAUAGUCCACCAACGUAUCGGAACCUCCCAGCUUGAGUUGCAGAAUCUUAUUUUUCUUGGUGUGAUUUAUGCGAAAAUUGGGCUUUAAUGGCUCUCUCUGAGCCCAAGUCACGCACAGAAACGAGGAUCCGGAGGUGGAAAGUUCGAGAUCGCUUCACUGUCGCAGAAGCAUGUUUGACUUAGUCCCUUUACUUCUGCGUUUUCAGUUCUUCGUACACUCUGAGCCUGUCACUCUGAAAAAUCAUUGACAAACAGCAGAAUUUGAGUUUCCUGCAGUGGGUAUUAUUUUUCUCGGAUUAUUGCAUCUCGUGGUGUAUCUUUAUUCUACCUUGUUCCAUGUCGAGAUUUCUAGGAGGAUAUAUACAGACCCUAAUAUUACCUUUGUCAGGACAACUGGCCUUCAAUAUUAUUUGCAAUGGGUGGUGGAAUCGUUCUCAGCCUGGGGAACUUGUCCACCCAGUAUGCUUGGGCUUUCGUCGGUCUUUCAGCGACGACAGUGAUCACAGCGAGCAUAACUGUUGUUAUAGGUAAGCAUUUGUGAGCAUCUGUAAGCAUCUUCCUGCUUCCAUCACAGCAGUUCUCACUCAUCCCAGAUAAUUCAACAGUUGCAGUAGUACGGUUCUAAGAGGUUUAUAAACGUUCACUAUUUUCCGUAGAAUUUUUGUCUGAGAACAUGUAACCACGAGCUGCUCUGUAUUUUCUUACAUUUUCAGGCACCACGAUGAACUACUUCCUGGACGGCCGUAUUAACAGAGCUGAGAUCCUUUUUCCUGGAGUUGCGUGCUUUCUCACUGCAGUCUUUCUAGGAUCCGCUGUUCACUCUUCAAACUCAGCUGAUAACAGAGAAAAGCUCGCUGGGUCCUCCAAUUACAAGGUUAAUCAAGGGUAUGAUUCGUGUCUCUCGUCCGUUUCUUUAUAGCUGCUAUAGGAAUUGCUCAUGGAUUGACAGAAUACUUUUUGCUCAUCUCCUCCGCCUGCCAUUGGUAGCUUAAGAGCUCAUUUUACUAAAAGUGGCAGAGUGUGAAACAGGAUCUACAUGUCCUACUCCUUGGUAGAUUUCCGCGUUCGUAUCAUCUCUGUAAAUUUACGUGACUGUGUAAAACCCACUUGUCAUGGGUUCUGAUUUCGUGUGCAGGCUGAAUGAAGAUGAAGAGAUGAAAGGAGAUGCCAAGAUGAAUGGUAUUUGAUGAUGUGAUGCAGGUUUUUACUACUGACCUUCUAUUCCAAGAUUAUCCUUUUAAAUCUAUCUUCCUUCUUCGCAGAGGUAACGACAGAUAUGGAGGCUGGAAGCUAUGUCUCGGAUUCCAUCCCCAAGGGGGGGAAAGCAGAAUAUGGAACCGCGGAGUUCCUCCUCGAGCUCGAAAACAGGAGAUCAAUCAAGGUCAGUGUGAUUGCUCUGUCACUGUUCGCCUAUCGCUGAUAAUUCAAACUCUCAGCGAGCAGGAUCUGAUUUGAAGUACUAAAACCCUAAUCCCAGCGUCUGCAACUUCCAUCAUGCACUCCUUUAAAAUAUUAUUUCUUUCUCUUUCUUUCGUCUUGAUUGCAUAUGCUCUCGGAUGAUGUCACGCGUGCAAAACUAAAUAAAAAUAUAAAAACUGUUAUAUCCACCGCGCAGGUGAUGGGCUCGAGAACCAUCGUAGGAUUGAGCAUAGUGUUCUUCGCCGGCGUCUGCUUCUCACUCUUCUCCCCGGCUUUCAACCUCGCAACUAACGACCAGUGGCACACCCUGAAGGAAGGGGUUCCCCAUUUGGUGGUCUACACCGCAUUUUUCUACUUCUCCGUCUCUUGCUUCAUCUUCGCAGUGAUCUUGAACGUCUUCUUCCUCUACCGCCCUCUUCUGGGGCUACCCCGGUCGUCGUUCAGGGCUUACCUGAAUGACUGGAACGGCAGACACUGGGCGCUCCUGGCAGGGCUUCUCUGCGGAUUUGGCAAUGGAUUCCAGUUUAUGGGCGGCCAAGCCGCCGGCUACGCCGCGGCCGACGCCGUUCAGGUCCGUCUCUGUUCCUUCUUCCAUAUAUAUCACCGAUGGUCUCGUCCAUUAACAGCGGUGACUGUGAAUCAGGCCUUGCCCCUCGUGAGCACCUUCUGGGGGGUGUUUCUAUUCGGCGAGUAUCGGAAAUCGUCCAGGAGAACCUACGUCUUGCUGGGAGGCAUGCUGUUCAUGUUCAUCGCCGCAGUGGCCGUGCUCAUGGCCUCCUCCGGCCACCGGCAAACGUCGUAG